AAGAAUGGUUGAAAGAAUGCGAAAAUACGGGGAGUUUUGUAAAAAUGCAGUUAUACUUCAGAAGGAAAUGGUUGCUAAUCACUGAGAUCAGUUUUAAUUCAGAAAGUACAGAAGACAAGAGACCACCGAACAAUUUCUCAAAUUUAACAACGUGUUCCGUUGUCAUUACACCCUCUGUGCCUGGUGUUUCAAAACCACCUAGUCCUGGAUGUAAAAAUUGUUCAACGUUUACUAUCAAACCAACACAUAGAGACGAGGCUGAGAUUCAGAAAUCAACACAUUCACUUGCAAUUUCCCUGGUGACUGUUGGCGUAAUUUUUAUCAUCGUCUUUGUUGUCGUAACUAUGUUUCUACUUUACAAAAGACGGCGCCAAGAUGGAAAAUUAACGACAGUUGACGUAGUUGAAAUGCAACCAAGACCGGAAACAUUAGAAAAUGUUCAGAAUUUGAGCCAAGCUGAAGUGGAAACAGCACCAGAUGAACAAGAUUAUGUUAUACCAAAUAAUAUUGUUACUGGACCAUAUCAAGAAGUCCAAAUCUCUCACGCUGAGAUUGACAAGAACAGACAAGAAACAAUUGAUGAUAGCAAGUGCGAGAAACUAUCGAAGGAUGCUUCGGGUUACGUCAUUCCAAAUGAGGGUCACCCCAAAACAGACGAAGAAGUUGCAAAGACAAACUCACUUCCUGGUUACACAAAAUUAGACAACACAAAACGUGACAAUGAAGGUAAUUCCUACCAAAAAUUGAUUUAUGAAUGCAAUAGGCAGACUACAGAUUGAGAGAAUGAAAAACUGUGAAUUGAAAAUAUAUUAUUUAUUUUUUCUUCUGAAUGAUAAAAUAUAAUUCCAAGUAAUGAAUUGAAGAGUGAAUCAACACACUGAAACAUACCAAGAGGGUCUGACUCUUCUGAUUACACGGAAUUA